AUGAGCAGAACCCUGGAAAAGAUGCUGUGCCUGAGGAACAAUGUCACUGUUAAGCAAGGCUUUUCCUUCCUAAGCUUUGGAACUUCAGGAGUGCUGAGUACCUGCAGGCACUACAAGACAAAGCCCACCCGUGACAUGGGAAGAUACAAGCCCCUAAUUAAAGCACAAGAGAUCAGUGGUUUGAGUGCUACAUUUGCAGAGAUUUUCUUGGAAAUAAUCCAAAGCAAUCUUCCUGAAAGGGUCAGAUUGCUAGUGAAGGAGCAGACGGAAGAAGACUUCAAGGGACGGCUCAAAGUUCGGCCAGAACUGGAAGAACUGUAG